AUGCUAACCUCGUCCGUCCUGCUUGUGCGUGCAAUAGGCCUCGCGAUCAGCGGUGGAGUCGACUCCAUGGCCAUGGCCUUUCUCUUUCCGCCCUCCGUUCCCAGAUACCCGGCUUCAAGAUCGGCGACAGCCUGCGGCGGCAUCGACGCCUUGAUAGUGGACCACAAGCUCCGCGACGGGAGCACCGACGAGGCCCUCGGUGUGUCUGGCGAACUCUCCAAGCUACCCCAUAUCCGACCGCAGAUCCUCACCCUCGACUGGGCUGCCGUCCUGGGCUCGCCCGAUGUCGACCCGCGCACGAUUGCGAAUCUCGAGACGGCGGCGCGCCAGGGAGCGCACCACAUGGACGACCAGUACGAGACGAUACUCAUGAGGCUGCUCGCGGGCCACUCGAGACGGGGCCUGACGGGCAUGCACCCGUCCAAGGACAUACCCGAGUGCCAUGGCGUGUGGAAGGUGCAUCAAUCGGGUUUCGUCGACAUGAUGAAGUCCAAGAACCCCCAUCUGACGUACGCCAUGCGUCGGAGGGAGGUGUCCGCGCUGCGGAAGUCGCUGCUGUCGGAAUUAUUGCCUGAACUGAAACCGGGAUCGAGCGGCUCGCUCCAGCAUCUCGACUUGAAGUCGGAACAGCAGACGUUCUUGUCAGAGCUCCACAUGCCCGAAGUCGCCGACCUGGGCUUUGUCGAAGGUGGGGCGCGGUCCGGGGACCUGGAGCUGCCGCAGCUGGAGACCGAGGACGGCGGCGUGCGGGUGCUUCGGCCUCUGCUGGAAUUCCCCAAAGACAGGCUGAUCGCCACGUGUGAGCACAACGGCGUCCGUUGGUACGAGGACCACACUAACAAAGACCCGGGGCUAACCCCAAGAAACGCCGUGCGACACCUGGCGCGGAAUUACGUGUUGCCCGAAGCAUUACAGCGCCCUGCCAUCCUGCAGAUGGCGGCGCGUAUCAAGGACUCGCUGCGUGAGGAGGAGAAGGAUCUAGAAGUGGCUGGCGAGCAAGACCUGGCGGAGAAGAGGAUGCUGGCGACGCUCCUCCUACGCAAGUUGAUGAUUCCCGUGGAUGCGAACCCCGACCUGCCGGCCCUCGCCACGCUUCAGGGCCCGGUUUCGCGCCUGUAUCCGCACCUCGCUACAGACGCGUACCCGGCUAGCAGCACCCCGAGCAAGGCCUUCAACUGCGGCGACGUACACUUCUCCCCCUUGCCGGACAACAGCGCAGAUGACGCGCCAACCUCCCGGUGGCUUCUCUCCCGCACACCGUACACCUCGAGCGUUCCUCUUCCUUCCGUUGAGUGGACGCGCAAGGGCUUCAUCCGCAGCACCCGCGACGACGUCCUGGUCCGGUAUCGGUCCGACCGGCCCCUCAACAAUAAGCACUGGCGCCUCUUUGACGGACGGUUCUGGGUGCGCGUGCACCUCCGCAUACCAGGCGUUUACGUGGUGAAGCCGUGGCGGUCCGAAGACGCCGAUGCGUUUCCCCGCGCCCACGGGGACGCGCCGCCGCCGCCCCUCGGGCGGAAGCUCAAGGCCCUGCUCGCCGAGCACGCCCCCGGCAAAGUGCGCUGGACGCUGCCGGCGCUGUACUAUAGAGGUGCCCUGGACUGGGCUACGCUAGACGCCCGGCCGGACCAAGGGUGGACGCUGCUGGCGCUGCCGAGCCUGGGGUGCACCACCCGCGGCUCGCUGAGGUGGCUGAGUACGAGAUACGGUAUAAAAAGGUGGAUGAGGACGUUUUGGACAAGUGUAAUAUACCCCAUGUUUGAGGAUGACAAGGGAGAAAGGCUGUGA